GAUCAGCGACCUUUGACCCUGUCGUUUGACUACCGAGGCGAUAUAAAGGCGCUCUCGUCGGCAAUCGUCUUUAUGAAGACAACACAAACAAGACGGUUAGAGUUUGAGACACAAUCAGUCAGUUUUACUCACGGCAUUCUCCUCAUUCGUGUGUGCUUGUGGCUGGGCAUCUCCACUUCUCAUUCAACUGCACAGGACUUUCACUUUCUGGCUCGAGUUUUUCAGCAAUGAAUAAUUUCACGAGGCGACAAAUCUUGACCAUAAUCGUAUUCGGCAUCGCCAACUUCUGCAAUGCUAUUUGUGUUUCGCUGCAGGCGCCGUUUUAUCCUAAAGAGGCGGAACUUAAAGGAGCCACGGCCACCGAGUAUGGUCUUGUUUUCGGAGUCUUUGAGCUUGUGGUGUUCUUCAUAAGCCCGAUCUACGGAAAAUACCUCAACUAUUUGGGGCCGCGGAAGCUGUUCAAGUGGGGAAUUUUCACCGUCGGCACAAGUGCCAUCGCUUUCGGGAUGUUGGACAAGUUCGAGGGCCACUACACGUUCAUCAUGCUGUCAUUCGCAGUGCGCAUCGUCGAGGCGCUGGGCAAUGCGGCCUUCCUCACUGCCUCCUUCGCCAUCAUCGCCAAAGAGUUCCCGAACAAUGUCGCCACUACAUUUGCCUCGUUGGAGACGUGUUUCGGUUUGGGGCUGAUCACCGGCCCGACGGUGGGUGGCGCCCUUUACCAGGUCGGGGGAUACACCACCCCUUUUGCUGUGAUGGGCAGCGCUCUUUUCCUCUCUGCAAUUAUGGCCUCGCUCGUCCUCCCGGUCAACACCGACUCACAAAGUGCAGCCGGAACAGGACCGAACGUUUUGGACGUGUUGCGAAUCCCCGGGGUCUUACUGGCCGCUUCCAGCAUCGUGGCCACGUCCGUCAGCAUAGGCUUCCUCCAAGCCACCUUGGAACCCCACCUGCGCCAGUUUGAGCUCUCACCGGUGGUGCUGGGUCUUAUGUUCGUCAUCAAUGGAGGCACCUACGCCCUGACGGCGCCCUUCUUUGGCUGGCUGUGCGACCGCUUCGUCCUGCCCAAGGUCAUUACUGUGUUCGGCUGCGUCCUCAUCAUCUGCGCCUUCUCCCUGGUCGGCCCGUCGCCCAUUCUGCCCUUUGAUACAGUUUUAUGGGUCUGUAUCGUUGGUUUGAUGUUCCACGGACUGGGAAUGGCGGCACAACUUGUUGCAUCCUUCACAGACGCUCUCCAGACAGCUUUUGAACAUGGCUACGAGAAUAGCUUGGAAACAUACGGCCUGAUUUCCGGUCUGUGGACGUCGACGUUCGCCUUGGGCGCUUUCAUCGGCCCCUCAAUCGCCGGCUUUUUGUUCGACAACGUUGGUUUCCGGAACUCGACGACGUUCGUCAUCGCCUUCCAAGUGAUUGUGGCCAUCGCCGUGACGGUGUUCUUGGUGUGCGGCCGCAUCAGGAGGAACGCGUACAAGGAGGUCAGGGAGGCAGACAACUCGUCGUCAAUCGAGGAGAGCGAGUUGAGCGGCGGCUUCUUCACCAACAGCAGAAGGCACAGAAACAAGAGGACGCUGGCAGACAGCAUCACAAUCGAACGGCCACCUGGAAUGGUCAAUGCUCUCAGCCUUUGCAACAGCUACAAAAAUAGAUAUGGGACGCAAAAGAGAGACGACGGUCCGACGUUCCUACUUGGGCCACACACGUCAAGCUACGGCAGCUUGGAACUCGGUGGGCAAGGUCCGUUGUUGGUUUCGGACACGAGAGCUGCCUGAUAUUGGUCCCAUGCUGCCGCACUGAAAAAACCAAAAAUAUCAAGCAACAAACGACUUGAGAGAGUAAAAACUGUUCUGAGCAUAAACAGAGACUUUGCUAGUUUUGCUUACUUUAAUUUAAGUGUACUUGACUGCAUGUAAUUAAUUCAUCGCAUUGUUAUUUUUCCUGUUUUAUUAUUAAUGUUGUUAGUGCGCGAAGGAUAGUUCGCUCUCACUGUACGAGCGAAAACGGGGAAUCCUUAUUAUCAUGUCCUUACAACUAGGGCAUCAAGUAAAUGUAAAAAAUCACUCCUACUCCGAACGCUAUUCGUUGCAGUUAUAAUUCCUUGAAAAUUACCAAAAAAAUGUGAAAUCAAAAGAACUGCAGCAGUGAAAAAGUCACCCUGAUGCAGAAAAUCAUGUAUGUUCCUCAACUGUUAAUGGUAAUAAAAAUACGCAAUGUAAAAAA